AACGAGGUGGUGAUCAUGACUCACAAUAUUUUGGAAGAGCACAACGAUCGAUUUGCAGGCUAUGUGCCAUUACUCCUCACAUGCUGAGUGAGGUGCCAGAAGUGGCGAAUGAUUGAGAUUUGCACUGAUGCAUCAUGGGUGGCUUAUUUGCGAAAAAGAGCAGAGUUACUGAGCAGGACAAAGCUGUGCUGCAACUGAAACAACAGAGAGAUCAGUUGAAGAAAUACCAGAGAAAGAUCGAGAACAACUUAUCGAGGGAAAGAGGAGUGGCCAAACAGCUGCUAAAAGAUGGAAAGAAGGAGAAAGCCAAAUUACUCUUGAAGAAAAAACGCUACCAGGAGCAGGUGCUGACCAAGACGGACAACCAACUGGAGAGUCUGGAACGGCUGGUUCAGGAGAUCGAGUUUGCUCAGAUUGAGGUGCAGGUCGUUGAGGGUCUGAAAAAUGGCAAUGACUGUCUCAAGAAGAUGCACCAGAUGAUGUCACUGGAUGAUGUGGAGAGAAUAAUGCAGGACACACAGGACGGAAUCGAGUACCAGAGGGAGAUUGAUGAGUUGCUUGCUGGCAGCCUGACGGACGAUGACGAGGCGGCCAUCUUGGAAGAACUCUCUCAGCUGACGGGAGUUGAGGAAACAGAGUCUCAGCUUGACCAAUUACCAGAUGUACCAACAGAUCAACUUCCUGAAAUUGAGAAAGAAAAGAAGAGACGGAAAGAACAAGAUGAGGAUGAGCGGGUUAUGGUGCCAGCUUCAUGAGACCAUUAUUUAUCCCCAAUAGACCUUAUGCAUUGACGUCAUCCAGCCGCCAUCUUAGUGGUAAAACAAUGACGACAUAAUCAAAGGCGCACAGGUUUGGCCAAUGAACGGUCCACUUUUUUUACCUCUAGGUGAGGGCGCCAUAUUGAUAUAUGACAUCAUUCGCAUAAGGUCUAUAGAUAGUUCCUACUUGAUGCCACACAUGGUCAGCCAUCUUUACUGGCAAUCAUACAGCAUUAACUCAGGACGUUUCUGGGUUAAUACAGCAUGGUGUACAUAGGAGAUUCAUUAAAAUUCCUUGCCUUACUGGUCGGUGAGUUACUUGGGUUCGUAGGAAAUGAGAAUGCUUAUAGCGCAGCUCUUAGCUGCCUGUAAUGAUGACGUGUAUCGGGAACUAUCUAUAGACUGCAAGUCUUGUUAAAUUUUUGGGUUAUUUUUUUAUGCAAGACACACCAGAGUUGGGACCCCUUUUGUUUCCACUUUCAUCAGGAAAUUUUCCUAUGCGUUAUCACCAAAUUACUUAGUCAUCAGAAUGCUUUUCCUUUUAUGUUCAUGAAAAACUUAUUGCAGAAAAUAUAUUAAAAACUUUUAACUUGGUAAGCAUACGUGUUGUAGCUUUCGAUUCAGUUUGUUUUGAUUUUCGCCAGUCACCCAUCAGGCGGCAUGGAACUCAAGUGUUCAUACAAUUGGGAAUAAUAACUGUUCUUGAAGUCCGUUUAUGUACUGUUCAUUUUAUUUUAAGACACAAAGGCAGCAUAGGCAGGCCUAUCCCUCCUCAUUCAUAUUUAUUGGACUUAACUGUUGUGGGGGGGGGGGGGGUAUUUAGCCAAGUACACUGCAAUGGAAACGUGUCAAUAAUGUAGAGUCAGUACAUGUACAAGAACAGCUCUUCUGUCUCGACAAUGCAUUGUCACGACUGGUAAGCAAGAAAUUGUUCUUGGUGGUAAUUUUACUUAAGUUUGUUGACCCCCAAGGUCAUCUCACGCAUGCAUGCUGGGACGAUGUAAAAUGGCGACCAUUAAUUAAUUCAUGGUUGAAUGAAUAAAGUAUCAGUUAUCUAGAAAUCA